AUGGCUUUGCAAUAUUCAUUCCCAGGCGUGGCGGUCGUCACAGGCGCUGGUGGCACAGGAAUCGGAGCUGCAGUAGCCAAAAGAUUUGCUGCCUCAGGAUGCAGUCGAAUUGCAAUCACAGAUCUCAAUGCGACUUCGUUAGAACAAACGCGACAAGCGGUUCUGUCCACAAACCCCCAGGCUCGUGUGGUCCAUAUGGCUGGAGAUAUUGCGGAUGAGAAAUUCGUGGAUACCUUCAUAAAAGAAGUAGCUGCCACGUUCGAGCGUCUGGACUAUGCUGUGAACUGUGCGGGAAUACUCGGGGCGGCGGAGCGGUCGACGGAGAUGACUCCAGAAUCUUUCGACAUUGUAAAUAACGUCAACUACCGGGGCAGCUGGUUAUUUUCUCGAGCAGCAUUGAAAGAGAUGCUGAAGCAAGACCCACUGCCAAGUCAUGAUCCGGAUCGCAGCCCUCAGCGAGGUGCGGUAGUCAAUAUCGCAAGCCAGUUGGGAAUUGUCGGGCGACCCAGUGCUCCUGCAUACUGUAGCUCUAAGGCCGCCAUCAUUGCCAUGACCCGCGCGGAUGCGAUUGAUUAUUCGGCAGAUGGGAUCAGGGUAAACUGUGUUUGUCCCGGAGUAAUCGAGACCCCCAUGACCUCUCACAAUGGAGAAGUCAGUGAGCGAUUGAGGCCUGCAGUCGAGAUAGCCCCGAUGAAAAGAAUGGGUAAGCCGACAGAAGUUGCUGAUGCUGUUCUGUUCUUGUGCUCUACACAAGCUUCAUUUAUUCAGGGCCAUUCGUUAGUUGUUGAUGGGGGUUACGUUAUUAACUAG